UAAGACAACUACAACACUUCUUCCAACUACUGUUUUCCACAUUUUCUCUGCAUUCCGCUAUCUCUAGAUUUUCUCUAUCCCAUUAAUUAUUCCUUUCACAACCUCAAAUUCCAUAUGAAUAGCAUUGCUGAAAUAUUAUUGAUUCCAAUUUACCUAUUCUUUCCUUUCCUUGAAAUCUAUGUUUAUAAAAUAUUAUGAUCUCAGAUGAUAUGUGUUUUAUGGUGCACUUUGAAUUUCAGCCACUAUUUGUUAUGUUCAUUCUGAUAUUAGUUCUUUUUGAACCCCUUCUGUAUAAUACAUGGAAGAAAGGAACUUAGGAGUUGAAACAUUUCAAUUUAAGCAUGUAAUUGUAACUAAGAUUUUAUUUUUUCUUGUGGAAUUUAAAUUCAGGAUAGACAAAUACCAUUCUUUCUGCUGAGUUUAGAAGGGAAAGAAAACAAUAGAGGUUUAUUUCACCAAUUGUAAUGUAGGUAUAUAUGAGUAUAGUUGUAUACAGUUUACUUGUCAUAGAACUGCAAGAUUGGAUAGAGGAAAUGUCAGCUUUUGUCAAACUCAUCGACAAGCGCCAUCUCGUGAUGGUCGGACUCGAAGGUUUUUACGGUCCUAAUGAUCCAAAAAGAUUGAUGGUGAACCCUGAGGACUGGGCAUCUCGACUUGGAUCUGAUUUUAUAAGGAACUCCUUGAUCUCAAGCAUUGAUUUCAUCUCUGUUCAUAUCUAUCCUGAUCAUUGGUAAUUUCAUGAGCAGGUAUUUGAAGACUACAUGAAAUUUGUGUCAAAGUGGAUGCUUUCUCACAUUGAAGAUGGUGAUAAGGUACUGAACAAGCCGGUUGUGUUCUCUGAAUUGGAUUCAGACAUAAAUUUUACAAUGUCAGAGAGAAAAACAAUGUACAAAACAAUUUUAGAAUCGUACAAAUAUGCAAAGAAAAACAGGUCUGGAGGUGGAUGUCUGGUUUGGCAAUUCUUGGUUGGAGGAAUGCAGGAGUUUAGUGAUGAUUUUGGAAUCAUCCUUAGGGAAAAGACACCAAUUCUUUCACCGUUCAUUGAACAAUCAUGCAGAUUGACGAAGGUAAAGGAGUGGCCGCAUAAGGACAAAAGUUUCAAACAAUUUUGUUAGAAAAAAGUGUGGAAAUAAAAGCCCUUGAUUUGAAAAGGGGAGAAAUAUGGGUUGUUUUGUGGUUUAAGACUAGUUCUGUAGAAUAUGGUUCUGUUUUCAUCACCAAUGGUGUAGUUGGUUAGUGGCGUAUAUAUAGUGUGGUAACACAUAGAUUAGAUAUUACUCUAUAAACACUUUUUUCAAAGCUUGUAACCUCAUCAACAAAAUCAACCAUCAAGUGUUUUAAGAUGUGAGGCAAUUUUUUUUUUUU